GAGGACUUUAGCUGAUAUGGUGGCGACCGGACUGAAGACAUGUGACAAACACUCGCCAAUUGGUUAUAACUUUUAUCACAAUAGAUAUAAUCAAAUGAGAUGUCUUACAAUCAAUAGUUUUUGUUAUAACAAAACUCUGACCAUUGAUAACAACAAAGUCCGCCGUGAAAUAAACAAACGAAAUGCCGAAGUCAUCGACAUUUGGGAUCAAAUGAGUGAACAACAACUCGCCGAAGCACUGAAGAGACCGAUUAGUGACAUCAAGAAAGCGGUUAAAGAGUUGAAGAUCACAGACUACCCGAUAGAAGACGUUAAAGACUUUGUUCGUAUUAUCAAAUUUUUUGACAAAAAACCAAAUUUCGUGAAAAACCCAUCGCUUGUCACGAAAGACGAGUUUGAUUUUGAUGAACAUUUAAAUAAAUUGUUGAAAAACGGGACCAAUUUGGUGACCAGAGUGCCUGUGGUUACUAUAAUGGGUCACGUGGAUCACGGAAAGACUACUUUGUUAGACAGUUUAAGACACUCAGAGAUCGUUAAACAAGAGUUUGGUGGUAUUACUCAACAUAUCGGCGCUUUUGUUGUCUCAUUGGAUCAACAAAACAAUCAGAAAAAGAUAUCUAAGAAUUUAGUGACAUUUCUGGACACUCCGGGACAUAAGGCAUUCAGUGCUAUGCGAGAACGCGGCGCCAAUAUUACUGAUAUUGUUGUUCUGGUUGUGGCCACCGAUGACGGCGUUAUGGAACAAACCAUUGAGUCAAUAAUUUUUGCCAAAUCAUCUAAUGUUCCCAUAAUUGUUGCCAUUAAUAAAGUUGACAAAAGUGUCAAUUUGACUAAAGAUAUCAACUAUUUGAAGACUGGUCUAAGAGCUCAAGGAAUAGUUUUGGAAGAUGACGGCGGAGACAUUCAGGCCAUUAAAAUAAGUGCACUAAAAAAUAUUGGUAUUGAAGACAUGAAAGAAGCGAUUUUGGCUUUGGCUGAGACUAUGGAGUUAAAGGCGUACUUUGAUGGAAGUGUCGAAGCAGUUGUUCUCGAAUCAAGUGUCGACGCAAAGAAAGGAAAGACUGCAUCGAUUUUGGUUCAAAAUGGGACGCUUAAGAAAGGAGAUAUCAUUAUUGCCGGUCAAAAAUCGUGGGCUAAAGUCAGGGCGAUGUAUGACGAGUGGGGAAAUGUUAUCGAGAAAUGCAAUCCUGGAUUUCCUGUCCAAGUGAUUGGUUGGCGGGAAGAAGAUCUACCCGAUGCGGGCGAUAAAGUGUGGCAAUUGCCCACUGAAAAGGAUGUCAAAGAACUCGUGAACUUAAUUAAAGCGCGUGAUCGGCGGCGUAGAGCCGAAGCAGAUGCUAUGGCCGCUCAAAACAAACUCGAAGAACAUUUAAAAGUCUAUAGAGAAGAAUUGAUUGCUUUGAGAUCAGCGGGCAUUAGAUACAAACGUAAGAAGAAUAAGGGUCCGCGAGAAAAGAUGAUCACAAAUGAAGGCGAAGAAAACAAAUUAAAUGUUAUAUUCAAAUGUGAUGUCACCGGCAGUCUGGAAGUAUUGUACGAUAUGUUUGAUUCGUAUCCAAAUGAUAAAAGUGACGCUAAAGUAAAUUUGCUUCAUUUCGGUGUCGGCGCCAUCACCGAGAAUGAGGUCGAAUUGGGCGCCUGUUUCGAUAGGACAGUCAUCUAUUCAUUUAAUGUAAAUACAAUGAACCCUGCGGUCAAUAAAUUGGCCAAAGAGUUAAACGUUACGAUUAAGAAAUUUAAUGUCAUCUAUCAUUUGGUCGACGAUUUAAAGAAAGAAAUCAGCGAUAGAUUACCAUUAAUUGAUGAGGAAGUAGUUUUAGGUGAAGCUCUAGUUCAACAGGAAUUCGUGGUUAAUGACAAACAUAGGAAGAUACCGGUGGCCGGCGUUCGGUGCGCUAAAGGAGUCCUCAAAAAGUCAAACUGUCUCUACAAAGUCAUCCGCAAUGAACAACAAGUGACUAAAGACUUGAAAGUUAGUUCAUUGAGACAUCUCAAGGAUGAGAUGGAAACCAUCAAAAAAGAUGUCGAAUGCGGUAUUCGUUUCGAUGGAAUCGUUGGAUUAGACGGUCUUAGGUUUCAACCGCAGGACACUCUGGUCUGCUAUGAAAUGCAUAAAAUCAAACAAAAAACUAAUUGGACGCCAAAAGGAUUUUAGGAUUUUUAAAAGUUAUAUAAAUUUAUUACAUAUUUUCAUUAAAAACAAUUUAUUUCUAUG